AUGGCUUACUCAUAUUCAAAGUGGAAGCUUCAUCGGACUGUGGACCGGUCACCGCCUGAGCAGCCGUACCCCGGCGUUUCGAUCCUAAAGCCUCUUACCGGUGUGGAUCCAAAUCUCUUUACGAACUUGGAAACGUUUUUCACCUUGGACUAUCCUACAUAUGAAUUGCUUUUUUGUGUAGAAAAUGAACGUGACCCGGCAGUGAUGUUAGUGAACAGUUUAAAACAUAAACAUCCACACGUAGAUGCUAAGCUUUUUACGGGAGGUAUGAGAGUUGGCGUCAACCCUAAAAUCAACAAUAUGCAGCCGGCGUAUUUGGCGGCAAAAUACCCGUUGGUGCUGAUCAGCGACGCAGGCAUCAGGAUGAGAGAUGACUCGCUACUUGAUAUGGUGCAGCAUAUGAGGGAGGAUGUAGCCAUCGUGCAUCAGAUGCCGUUUACCUGUGACGCUGAAGGUUUCGCCGCCGUCUACGAGAAGGUGUUCUUCGGUACUGCGCAGGCGCGCAUGUAUAUGUGCGCUGAUUUAUUAGGCAUCAAUUGUCACGUUGGCAUGUCGUCGAUGGUCCGACGCUGUGCGCUGGAGGAAUCAGGCGGGUUAAGAGCUUUCGGCGAUUACCUCGCCGAAGACUACUUUUUAGCAAAGGACAUCACAUCACGACAGUGGAAAAUGCGUGUGUGUUCACUGCCUGCACUGCAAAACACAGGGACAAGAUCAGUGGGUGCUUUACAGGCACGUCUUCGACGGUGGGCGCGUUUAAGGAUUGCAAUGGUCCCGACGACGGCAUUAUUAGAACCUCUCAGUGAGUGUAUGCCCUUGGGCGCAGGUGCUGCGUGGGCUGCGGGACAAUUGUUCGGUGCAGAGCCGCUUCCCUUUUUUUUAGUGCAUGUGCUAGCUUGGUUUCUCUCGGACUGGUUAAUGCUUCGCGCAGUGCAAAACGGUUCGCCACCGUUUACAAAAGUGCAGUUUUUGUUGGGCUGGGUGUGGAGUGAGUGUUGCGCGCCUUUUGUCCUUGCGGCGGCGCUUCUCAGUCCGGAAAUCUCAUGGCGGACUCGCAGCUACCGGUUGGACUGGGGCGGCCGAGCUCACGAGCUCAAUCCCAAGCUCAAAUUCUGA